AUGUGGAGGGAGCCACAGAGAGGGUCCAAGCGUUUCUGAGAAGAGAGGCUGACUCUUCCAGGAACAAAGUGGUGUCUGCUGGCUGCCUGGCUUGGGAACCUUCUAUGAAUUAAAGGGGACAAAAUGAGCGGUCGUGGUUCGCUACAGUGAUUGAGAAGAGGAAAGAGACUGAGAGGCAGAGGGAGAAGUUGCACCUUGGAGCAAGGCUGUGUUGUUGCAUCCUGCUGCUGCUCUGUCUCCGUUGCUGUUCCUGCAGCUGCGUCUGCUCUCAGCCAUCAGCUCAAUUGCCUGACUGGUCCAUUGUAGUGAGGAUUGUAAUGAAGUCGGACCACAAUAGAAGUCUGGAGUUCUGAGAGAAUGGUAGCCUUUGUAAAGACAGCGAGGAGCUUGGCAUAAACACAGGCAAAGGAGAAGAGCACGCUGCCCCUCUGUGGGUGUUGAUUGAAAACUUCGAUCUCCUCACCCGUUUAUGGUUGAUCUGAAGGAUUUCUCACUUGAUCACCGAGAGUAUUUCAAUUAAGACUCUCAGGGGCUGUCUUUCUGAGGAAUCCUGACUCUCUUUCCCAAAAUAGCCAUCAUUGGAUCUGUAUCUCAUCAGUUAGAGGUCUCCUUAGAUGGAAUGUCAUAAACCAGAAACUUCCAAAGCAUCAAUGUGUGAAUUCCUGUCCCUGCACUAAAAGAGAAAGCCCAGUGAUCAGACACCUCAACCCUGGAUCCCACGACUCUCCAUUAAAUACCGGAGUAUUUAUUACUCUUCUGUAGGAGAAAGCCUUUGCCAAUGCUUACAAGGAACUCUUUAUACCUGCUUCUCUGGAUCCUGUUUGAUGGAGGUCUCCUAACACCACUUCAGCCACAGCCCCAACAGACUUUAGCCACAGAACCAAAAGAAAAUGUUAUCCACCUUUCGGGGAGACGAUCCCAUUUCCAACGAGUUAAACGUGGCUGGGUAUGGAAUCAGUUUUUUGUGCUGGAAGAGUACAUGGGCUCCGAACCUCAAUAUGUGGGGAAGCUACAUUCUGACUUGGAUAAAGGAGAGGGCACUGUUAAAUACACGCUCUCUGGAGAUGGUGCUGGCACUGUAUUUACAAUUGAUGAAACUACAGGAGACAUUCAUGCAAUAAGAAGCCUGGAUAGAGAAGAAAAACCUUUCUACACUCUUCGAGCUCAGGCAGUGGACAUAGAAACCAGGAAGCCACUGGAGCCUGAAUCAGAGUUCAUCAUUAAAGUCCAGGAUAUUAAUGACAAUGAGCCAAAAUUUUUGGAUGGACCUUAUGUUGCUAGUGUUCCAGAAAUGUCUCCUGUGGGUGCGUAUGUGCUGCAGGUGAAGGCCACAGAUGCAGAUGAUCCUACCUAUGGGAACAGUGCCAGAGUUGUUUACAGCAUCCUUCAGGGGCAACCUUAUUUCUCUAUUGAUCCCAAAACAGGUGUCAUUAGAACAGCAUUGCCAAACAUGGACAGAGAAGUCAAGGAGCAGUACCAGGUCCUCAUUCAAGCAAAAGACAUGGGAGGACAGCUCGGAGGACUUGCUGGAACUACAAUUGUCAACAUCACCCUCACUGAUGUCAAUGACAACCCACCUCGAUUCCCAAAAAGCAUCUUCCAUCUGAAAGUUCCCGAGUCUUCCCCUGUUGGCUCAGCUAUUGGAAGAAUAAGAGCAGUAGAUCCUGAUUUUGGAAAAAAUGCAGAAAUUGAAUACAACAUUGUCCCAGGAGAUGGGGGAAAUUUGUUUGACAUUGUCACAGAUGAGGAUACACAAGAAGGAAUCAUCAAAUUGAAAAAGCCUUUAGACUUUGAAACCAAGAAGGCAUAUACUUUUAAAGUAGAGGCCUCCAACCUUCACCUUGACCACCGCUUUCACUCUGCUGGGCCAUUUAAGGAUACUGCUACAGUAAAAAUCAGCGUGCUGGAUGUGGACGAGCCACCAGUGUUCAGCAAACCACUGUACACCAUGGAGGUUUAUGAAGACACUCCUGUGGGGACCAUCAUCGGAGCAGUCACAGCACAAGACCUUGAUGUGGGCAGUAGUGCUGUUAGGUACUUCAUAGAUUGGAAGAGUGAUGGGGAGAGCUACUUUACAAUAGAUGGAACGGAAGGAACCAUCGCCACUAAUGAAUUACUAGACAGAGAGAACAUGGCACAGUAUAAUUUCUCCAUAAUUGCAAGUAAAGUUAGUAACCCAUUAUUAACUAGCAAAGUUAACAUACUAAUUAAUGUCCUAGAUGUCAAUGAAUUUCCUCCAGAAAUAUCUGUGCCAUAUGAAACAGCUGUAUGUGAGAAUGCCAAACCAGGACAGAUAAUUCAGAUAGUCGGUGCUGUAGACCGAGAUCUCUCACCUGCUGGGCAGCAGUUCUCCUUUAGAUUAGCACCAGAGGCUGUCAUCAAACCAAAUUUUACAGUUCAUGACUUCAGAAACAACACAGCUGGAAUUGAAACCCGAAGAAAUGGCUACAGCCGCAGGCAGCAGGAGUUGUACUUCCUUCCCAUUGUAAUAGAAGACAGCAGUUAUCCUGUCCAGAGCAGCACGAAUACAAUGACUAUUCGUGUUUGUAGGUGUGACUCAGAUGGGACCAUCCUGUCUUGCAACGUGGAAGCAAUUUUUCUACCUGUAGGACUCAGCACUGGAGCUUUGAUUGCAAUCCUACUAUGCAUUGUUAUACUCUUAGCGAUUGUUGUGCUGUAUGUAGCCCUGAGGAGGCAGAGGAAGAAAGACACCCUUAUGACCUCUAAAGAAGACAUCAGAGACAAUGUCAUCCAUUAUGAUGAUGAAGGAGGUGGGGAGGAGGACACCCAGGCCUUUGACAUCGGGGCUCUGAGAAAUCCCAAGGUGAUCGAAGAGAACAAAAUUCGCAGGGAUAUAAAACCAGACUCCCUCUGUUUAUCUCGUCAAAGACCACAAGUGGAAGACAACACAGACAUAAGGGAUUUUAUUCACCGAAGGCUACAGGAAAAUGACGCAGACCCAGCGGCUCCACCAUACGAUUCCUUGGCCACUUAUGCGUAUGAGGGGAAUGGCUCAGUGGCAGAGUCACUCAGCUCCAUAGACUCUCUCACCACAGAAGCUGACCAGGACUAUGACUAUCUAUCAGACUGGGGACCCCGCUUUAAGGUCUUGGCAGACAUGUUUGGAGAAGAAGAGAGUUACAACCCUGACAAUGUUACCUAGGGGAAAAAGAAAGGCUGAUACACAUCUAGAGGAGAAAGUUUUGACAAAAAUAACACAGAUAAAACACAAUCACACACACACACACAUACACACACACAUACACACACACACACACUCCCAGAUUUUGCAGGACAAGACUUUUUUGAUUAUCCAGUUUCUAACAAGUUGCUCUAUUUAUCAUAUUGUCAUUUUGGUUUAUUAUGUAGGCACAAGGUAAAUCCUAUGAUAUGUACUUGCUUUGUUUUGUUUUGUUAUUUCAGAAACACAGAGAUGAGCUCAGGCCUAUUAAAUGCAAUUCACUGACAUGACAACCUAGAAUGAAGAUAGCUAUGUGGCGUCACAGUGGAAGAGUGUAUGAUUUUUCUUAAUUCCACUAAAGUGCCUAUUGAAACUCUUAUCCUUAUAGUGGUGUUCAUAACACUCUGCUGUGAUGGAUUGGCAGGAGUCGGAAAUGAGGAAGAACACAGACAGUGUCUCUACGUCAAGAAGCAAUAGUGACAUGCUGACUCUCAGCUCUUUUAAGAACAGAGAAUGCUUCCCAAUCUCUAUCUUCUUAUACAGCAAAGCUUUUCCUUUUGUAAAUUGCCAACUAAAACAGAAAGGCUUUCCCAGUCCUUUCAGAAGCUGGGAUAAAUGAGACAUUACUAAAUUCCAUAUGUAAGUUAUGAUUUCUAAGAGUGAUGCUUAAGUCAUAGCAUUCAUUCAUGUGAAAGAUGUUAAUUAAGCUGUUAGCUUUUCCAAAAAAAAAAAGACAAAUAAAAUUAUACUGAAGGAAAUAAAAAGAAUCCCUCUUUAUAAAGAGAGGCCUCGGGGCUCAAAUUCCAACAUCAAAUAAAUAUGGGUUUGUUUAAUUCUAUGCUGGUAUAUGGACAUUGGUUUUAACAAGUCAUUAAAUAAGUUAAGCUUUCAGUCAUAGAUAAAAUUUCAGCUUGUGUUUCUACUGAAAUUUCUGAAAGGAAAUAUAUUAUUAAUUUAAACACGAGAAAAUUCAACAUAGUCAUUCUCAGAGUUUCUAUCUAGUGGUUUCAGCUUCUGUUUCUACUGAAAUUUCUGAAAGGAAAUAUAUUAUUAAUUUAAACAUGAGAAAAUUCAACAUAGUCAUUCUCAGAGUUUCUAUCUAGUGGUUCUUUGAUGAAUGAUUCAAACAAAAUGCAUAUCAAAUACUGUAAUUUAUAACAAGUAUAUAUGCUUGUUCUAUACUACUGAACAAAUAAGUCAGGGACUUCAAAAAUAAAACCAAUGACUAAAAUCCCAAAGGGAACAAAACUUCAAUGCCAGGCAGCUGAUUCACUUUCUCUAGUGAUGUGGAUUUUAUCAUUGUGAACUCAGUUAUUAUAUCAGCCCAGAGUCACCUCUUCAUUAUCUCAUCUACAAAUAUCCUCAUGUAAGUUACUCCUUAUAACUCUUCAGAUAAAAUGUCUCCAGUUUAUGGAAAUGUCUAAGUGAUGAUAUAAUUUAUGACUAUAUUAGUAAUAAACAUAGUUCAAAUCAAUUCAAUAGGAAUUAUACAUCAUUUAGACAUUCACAGGAUACAACAAAUGCAAAUUUACCAUAAAGUAAUAUCUAUUCUUAACAAUGUAGUUGGAAUAUCGAACAACUUCUACCUAUGAACACACUGGAAAAAAUUAAAGUUAAAGAGCUAUGAAUCACAUAUCACUAAUGUCUAAUUUUAUGAUAAAUUUCUGUGAAUAUCAUUAUUAUUUGUGCGGCUAUAAAGAUAAAACUCACACAGUAUGGAAUCUAAGAAAUUUACAAAAUUAGACAAUUUAAUUUUAGGCAUAUUCUAAAAUGCAUAUUUUAAAUUAUUUAUGGUAUAGAAAUAUUACCCCUUGUUUCUGUGUUCACCAUUUUUAGACUCUUUUUCUCGUUUUGGAAUGGGAGAUUUAAUUUUUUGUUUUCAGUCAUCACUCCAUACCUCUCUUGUUCCAAUUUUCAUGUAAUACACAAAUAUAUUCAGUACUUGACAUUUGAGAAAAAUCACUGUUAUAAUUGCCAUGCUAGAGAAGAAACAAUUAAUGACUUGUUUCUUAUUUCAUUAUGUAUAGAUAAUGUCUUCUUGAAGAAGACCACACCCUAUUAAGACCUGAUUCUUGUCAAAGACUAUUACACUUUGUAUCUUGACAAGAAAUAAAAUAACCUUCUCAUGAAGUUGCUAGCAGAAGCCAUGAUAACUUGGAGAUUUUAGAGGCUGAUGAUUUCAAACCACAUGACUAUGAAGAUAGUAAAAUAUGCAUUGUGUGGCUCUUAGUUCUCAUCACACUCAUAUCUUUGUAAUAGCCUACAUUACUUCAUCAGCUCAAAACAAAUGCUCACAGACAAAGUGAAUAGCAACAGUUUAUUUCCUCAGCUCUGAUGGCAGGUUCCCUCUUACCAUUUUCUCCUGGUCGUGGAGAACAUCACCUUUUCUUUCCCACUUGUUCUCAUUUCUGUGCUUAUUUCUGUUUCUCCUCUCAUAAGGACGAUCUUCAUAUUAGAGCAGCAUCUACCCACAGGUCCUGUGUUUGCCUUGUUUAAUACUAACAGCCUUACCACCAAAUCCUAUUUGGUUUGGUACUACCGCAUGUGGAUUCAUGCAAUCCCAAUCUCAAUAUAUCAACAAUGUUUAUUUUCUAAAUAGCAUUUUAGUUAAAACAACCAAUGAAAGAAACAUAAACAAGCAGAAUGAUAAAAGUAAUAUAUGAUGUGGGAAGGAGAUUCUUUGGUGCUUAUAAUGAGAGGAACUAUGAUAUCUUUUAGGCUACUGAAAGGACUUAGCCCAGUAUUCCAAUACCUGUAAUACCUUGGGAAGUUUUUUGUUGUUGUUGUUCAUAAAACAGGUGUUGACCUUCAUUCAAGCAUUAAGCAAUAUAAAAAUAUUUAAAAUUUGUACGAAUGAUUUUAGCUAUAUACAAACAGCAAUUUUGUUAUUGGCUUGCAUGUCUAUCUUUAUAGAGAUACAUAUGUACAUAUAUAUAUAUAUAUAACUUAUAUGUUGCCUUCAAUGCUACUCAAAGAAGUGUAUAGUCAGCAUCCAAAAGUGAAGCAGUGUUGAUUGAUGUACUAAAGAUAAUCUGUGUGUUUUGAACCAUUCUCCCCUUUGACUGAAAACUUCCUAUGGAUCAAAUUCCUUGGCCUUCAUUCUUUUAUUUUCUUUAGUAAAACCAGUUUCCUAUAUUCAGUGUUGUGUACAAUUAAUCAGAAAUUUUCUUGUCAUUAAAUUACAGUAAUGGUUGAAGUAUAUCAAAUAGCUUACCUACAGACUAUGCUAAUUUUAAAUGCAAAAAUUAGAUCAUAGUAUAUAUUUUUUGACUCAUGUAGGGAUUUGACUGAUCUUUUAUCAAAAAUCACUAGUUCUACUUAGAAAACCACACAAUUAAUUUUUAUCAAUAUACCUGAAAAUUCUUCUGUGAAAUCAAAAGAUGAAAAAGUAUACAGGAAGAGAGACAAAGGAUCCUAAAAUAUGUGAAUGCAGAUAUUGUGUGAAGAUUUUCUCUUUACUUAAAUAUUAUGCUAAAUUUUCAACACUUGUAGAAAAGCUGGGGUUGACAUGCAGUACCAUGGUGCAAUAGUUAAUUUGCACAAGGUCUGGGUUAUGUCCCAGGAGCCACAAAUACCGAAGGAAAAAAAAAUGAUGGUGACAAUAAUAAACAAAAACCUAAAGCAGAUGUAAAUAUGAAAACAUGCUAUUUUAGUUGAUCUCUGAUGAAACCUAUAUUUACCAACAGAGGUGUUUUAAUUAUUAGCCUCAUUAUAUUACUAGCAAAAAAGACUGACUGUAUGAAGGAAGAUUGUUUACAUAAGAUCCUUUGCUUAAUCAUUUUUCCCCUUAGCCUCUAAAAUAUGCUAAUUUGGCUAGCUGCCAAAAACUUAUUCAGAACCAUUGUUUCCUCAAUUCAUUAAAAUUAUUUUGAGGGAAUAAGAAAUUGUUCAGCUUUAAAAGAACCUGCUGCUCUUCAAGAGGAUCUGUGUUCAUUUCCAGAACUCACAUCAAAAUGGCUCAGAGUUGUCACUAAGUCCCAUACAAGAGGGAUUUUAUACCCACUCCUGAGAUUAAAAGACACCUGGCUAGAUAGACAUAUGCAGAUAUCUGCAUCUGAUUAAACACAUAUGCAUGUGAUUGAAAAAAGUAUUUGGAAAAGUUUAUUCUCUCUCAUAUUCUAUCAUCAUCUCACUGGUGAAAGAGAAGGAUGCUUGUAUCCAAAAUUAAUCAAAGGACAUGCAGUAUUGUGUAUAGUGCUAUUAAUCAUUUUCCUACUCUCAGUAUUAAGAAGUUUCAUGUUAAAUCAGAAUGUAAUUUUUGUCAUCAUCAUGAUUCAACAAUCACUCACGCUUUUAGUAAGGGGCUUGGUACUCUGUGAAAAUUUCCU